GUCCGGGUCCGCCCGACGUCACGUGGCCCCGCCCCUCCGGGCCCGCCCCAGCCCCGCCCCCAGGCGCGUUUACGGAAGAACUGAAGUCUAGUGAGGCCUGGCAGCCUGCUGGGGGCCCAGAGCUUGGAAAAGGGAUUGUUCUGGGUCUCCAGUGACUGCAUGACUUUGCUUUGCUCUUAAGUCACAGACUUGCAUUCCUAAGAAGGAAUCGAAAAGUGCAUUUAAAAGAUUCUCAAAGUAACUCAUUGUCUUUUGUUUUGAAACACUAUGUCCACUAUAUAGCAUGGGGUGGCCUGGAACUUGGUAUGUUGCCGAGUCUAGUCUUGAACUCACAGAAAUGCAGCGCCUGCCUUGACCUCCCGAUUAGAUUUUUAUUACUUCAAGCUCGUUGUCUGUCACUUUUAUUUUCUCUCUCUCUCUCUCUCUCUCUUUCUCUCUCUCUCUCUCUCUCUGUGAGUGAGCCUCCUCACAGACUUGGUAUCUUCAUAAUGUCACCAGAGUCUUCUUUUGUUUUUAGCCCCUCCCCACUUUUAUUUCCUGUUCGCGUGUGGAGGUGUGUAGAGACCUCAGAGGACAGCCUGUGGGGAUCUGUUCUCUCUUUCCACAGUGUGGGCCCUGGUAAUAGAACUCUCAGGUCAUUGGGCCUGGUGGCAAGCGCCUUUACAGCUGAGCCGUCUUACAGACCCCACAAGAGUCUUCAUGGUGUCCUCUUGAGAUGAAAAUCUUUCAAUGUCUUGUCACCCAAGAGGAAAUCUAAAUGCCUUUAAGCUGGGACCUAUCCUUUGCUCCGGCCUCAUCAGUGGCCACCCCUCUCCCACACCGUAAGCUUCCUGGGCGAGUCGGGUCACUGACCCCCGAGGUCCCUGGAAACGGUUCCACUUUCCUUGGCGCUGGUUUCCCACAGCUGCCUUGAGCUUCGCAGUCUUCACUCGUCUUUCAAAUUUCAGAUCGUUUCCCCUGAGAGCCUCUGUCCUUCCGACACCUUCCAGGUGCCUCAUCUCUUUGAUACCACUUCGAUGAUACCCACACGCACUAGUGUGAGGGCAGGAUCUGCUUGUGUGCACGUCUGCUUCCUUGCUGUUAGGGGUUUCUUGGGGCAAGGCCAUGCUUCUUCAAUGGCACUAUCUGGCCUAGCAUCUAGUAUGUUGAGAGGCAGGCUGAGAUAGGAUUCCUAAACUUACUAGCUGAGUGACAUUGGACAUGUUACCCCUCUGUACAUUUUACUGUAUGUUCCAGUAAAUGGAAAUUGGUGCUAAUGAUAUCCUCCGAGCAGAAUUUUGCAAAGACUAAAUAGUAAAAACUCCUGUGACACAGCCUCCACCCCAGCAUAUGCUAGAAUGCAAGAAGGACCUUAUGGCUAUAUAAUGCCCCUCUUACUAAGUAGAACUAAGGAAGGGAGCUAUGAUGCUUUAUGUUAACUAGGUACUGGCCUCAUUUUCCUAGUAUGAGUCCUAACUGUUGCCCCAAAUGUUGGACAUUGCCCCAAAUCGUCUGCUGCGGCUUUCAGCUAGGUUUUUGGGGCAAAUGCAGUGCGACGUCGCCCCCUGUCGCUCUCUGGUGGUAGCUUGAGGGCCAAGUUAGACACCUCCAAACCACUGCUCAGGUGCUCUAGACUUUUUUGCUAACUAUACCUGCAGGUUACCCCAUCUCCAGGCCACCAGCGUACUCUGGGUGCGGAAGCCCCGCCCAUCUCACGGCCGCUGGGGGCGGGGUCUGUGGCGUUUUGCUGCCGUCACUUCCAGUGGACCCGGAAGCGGUGCUGUCCUAGUUGUUGGGAAAUCACGAUGGAACCGGGCUUAGAGUAAACCCUGGGCUGAUCGUGGGCGGAGGGAGGCGGGUCUAGGUUGCGGUGGCCAGGGGAGCGGCUAGGGCGGAACAGGCUCAGGGCCUAUACUGGAGAGCCUUGGCUGAGUGCUCCUGCUAGGCCAGCGUCACUCCGCCUCCGGGUUGGAACUGGCUCCCACCUUCGGCCUGGCUCCGGCAGUGCUUUUGCCUGGCCACCGCGGCCCCUCAUCCCGCCCGGACCGCUGGACGGACCGGGUGUGUUGCCUGCAGCCAGACGAUUCUCUCUGCUUCACUUUCAGCUGUCUUUGUGGCCCUAUCCAGGGCUGCAAGAACGCUGACGUGGAGCAGCCUACUCCAGAACCCCCAUGGAGAAGUUUGGGAUGAAUUUCGGGGGCGGCCCAAGCAAGAAAGAUCUCCUGGAGACCAUAGAGACACAGAAAAAGCAGCUUCUCCAGUACCAGGCAAGGCUCAAGGAUGUAGUCCGUGCCUAUAAAAGCCUGCUGAAGGAGAAAGAAGCUCUGGAGGCCAGCAUCAAGGUUCUGUCCGUAUCCCACGAGGCGGAUGCAGGCCUCUCAGGUGUGCAGCCUCCAGGUCUCACGUUUCCUGAUUCUGUGGAUGACAGGUGCUCCACUCACAGCGAGGACAGCACGGGAACUGCCGCUAGCUUGGAUACCGCAGCCAGUCUUACAAGUGUCAAGGGGGAAUUUGGGGUUGAAGAUGACAGAGUGGCCCGUGGACCACUUCCUUUAAAGUCUGAAGAGGCCAGCGGCUCGGAGAGUGGCGUUAGCAGUAGUAGUGGGGAUGGGCCGUCAGCGGGUAGCGAGAUGGAUAAAAGAGUGCAUCAGCUGAAGACUCAGUUGGCCACUUUGACUAGUUCCUUGGCUACGGUCACUCAGGAAAAGUCCCGUAUGGAGGCGUCUUACCUGGCCGAUAAGAAGAAGAUGAAGCAGGAUUUAGAAGAUGCCACUAAAAAGGCAGAGGAGGAGCGGGGCCGCCUGGAGGGAGACUUGAAGGGUCUGCAAGAGCAGAUAGCAGAAACCAAAGCCCGACUUAUUACGCAGCAGCAUGAUCGAGCCCAGGAGCAGAGUGACCAUGCCUUGAUGCUGCGGGAGCUACAGAAGCUCUUGCAGGACGAGAGGACCCAGCGCCAGGACCUGGAACUUCGGUUAGAAGAGACCAGAGAAGCCCUGGCAGGGCGGGCAUAUGCAGCUGAUCAGGUAGAAGGGUUUGAACUGCAGACCAAGCAGCUGACCCGUGAGGUCGCGGAGCUGAAAGGUGAGCUGCAAGCCAUUCGAGAUGAGAAGAACCGACCAGACCCCCGGCUGCAGGAGCUCCAGCAAGAGGCUGCCCGUCUGAAAAGCCAUUUCCAGGCUCAGUUGCAGCAAGAAAUGAGGAAGACAGCCCUUGCGGAGGACCAGCUGCGCCAGCAGUCUCAGGUAGAAGAGCAAAGGGUAGCAGCCCUGGAGAACCAGAUCUCUGAGGUGUCCGAGCUGCUGGGCACCUACGAGAAAGCCAAGCAGAAAGACCAGCUGGCAAUCCAGAAGCUGAAGGAGCGAAUUUUGCAGCUGGACCUGGAGAACAAGACACUGGCCCUUGCGGCCUCUAGCCGGUCCUCUCUCGACAUUCAUGGAGAUGAGUCCAGUCUGGAUAUCAAUGUCUUGAAGGACAAGAUGGAGAAGCUCAAGAGGCUAUUGCAGGUUGCAGCUAGGAAAAGCCAGGUGACCCUGGAUGUGGAGAAACUCUGCGACCCUGAGAUAAUGACCAACUCCGAGGCUGCUGAUGGGGAAAAGGCUACUGCGCUCUACUACCAACAGGAGCUGAAGCAGCUGAAGGAAGAGUUUGAGCGUUAUAAGAUGAGAGCCCAGGUUGUACUCAAAAGCAAGAACACCAAAGAUGGGAACCUGGGCAAGGAGCUGGAGGCAGCACAGGAGCAGCUCGCUGAGUUGAAGGACAAGUAUAUCUCCCUGCGGCUGUCCUGUGAAGAGCUUGAAAGCCAGCACCAGCAGGAGGCUGAGGACUGGAAGCAGGAGCUGGCCCGGCUGCAGCAGCUCCAUCGGCAGGAACUGGAGCGCAGCCAGCUGGACUUCCGGGACCGCACACUGAAACUGGAGGAGGAGCUACAUAAGCAGCGGGACCGGGCCCUGGCGGUGCUCGCCGAGAAGGACUUGGAGCUGGAGCAGCUACGUUCCGUGGCCCUGUCCUCUGGGUUGCCAGGACGCAGAAGCCCUGUGGGGGGAGUGGGCAGUGGAGGGCUUGGGGACCCAGCCGACACAGCUUCCUCAGAUAGCUUGACCCAAGCCUUGCAGCUCGCUGCAGCCAACGAGCCCACCUUCUUCCUUUAUGCUGAGCAGUUGGCCCGAAAGGAGGUGGAGAUCACAUCUCUGAGGAAGCAGAAACACAGGCUGGAAGUAGAGGCCCAUCAGCUGCAGGAAAGGCUGCUGGAGGAGGGUGAGCGGCAUCGAGAGGAGGUCGGAGCCCUUCAGAGCCACAUCGAAAAGAACAUCAGGGACCAGAGCAGGGAGGGAGCCAACCUGGAAUAUCUCAAAAACAUUAUCUACCGCUUCCUGACCUUACCCGACAGCCUGGGCCGCCAGCAGACCCUGACGGCCAUCCUCACGAUCUUGCACUUCAGUCCCGAGGAGAAACAAGUGCUAAUGCGACUCCCGAGUGGUGGAAGCUGGUGGCCUUCUGGCAAGAGAUGAUAGAUAACUUUUUUUUUUUACCAACUUCAGAAAUCUCCAUGCCUCUUUUAUGUGGGAAGGGCAGGCUCGGAUUCCUUCAGCCUCUUGCAUUCUUAUUUAUUUCUUCACUGUGAACUCAGAGUGGUUCAAAGUAGAAUGGGAUUAUCUCCAAGUGCCAUUAAUGCAACUGUACCCUUGGGCUCUCGGGAUACCGCCAGUGUUGAGACAGCAUCUUGUAGUGGUCUGUAUGUGGAGCAGGUUGGGGAGAAAGGCUGGGGGUAAGAGGUGCAAGUUAGGGAAGCGGUGAGUGAGGGUCUUUAUAAAUAAGAUAUUUUCUUACGCUCCGGGCUCAGAGCUAGGAGGAAAUGUGACUCCCAGGGGAGUUCAUCUGACUUUUGAACAUAGACUUAGGAGCUAUGUAUGUUUUCCGUCUCAGUCAGAAUCUGGUCCACCUUUGUCCUAAUUCUCUGGGGACAUUAACAUCAAGCUAGAAGGAGACCAGGGAGUUAGAAACAAUAACGGUUUUGUCCAAAGGGCUGCGGAAUAGUGAGUUCACCCCAGAACUUGGAACCUUGCUUCCAGGGGCCAGCUUAGCACUUUGUGCCCAUCCCAGAGAGGGUCCCGAGCAGCAGUGUGAUCUUAGAGAUCUCCAAAUUUGUCCUAUUUGGGCCAGGACAGGAUCGAAAAUAAACCUCUCCUGCUUACGGCCGGCCGGAGAGUGAGUGGAUGACUUUAUGGUCUCUUCCUUAACAUUGAGCUUGUAUAAGAAAUGAAAUCUUAGCUUCUUUCAGAGCAUUUGGUCAGCAAGCCAGGGCCUGCAGGGAUGCAAGGAAUUUCUGCCAAGAUGUAUUCCCAGCUGUGUUUGCUUUUGCAGGGACAGGAAAACUGAGGUAAUUUGCUGCAGAUUCGAAAACACUGUCAGGAUCCUCACAGGAAACGCAAAGCUCAGCUGAAAUACUUUGUGCCCUGUGGUCCUGGCAAGGGUUAACUCUAUUCUUUUAUUUUUUCUUUUGGUUAAUUCUAUUCUUUAAGGAAAGUAGCCCUCAGAGAACUUGGGUCAAAGCACUAUGAGUUGCCCAAUUCUUUUCUUCGAUCAGUCUGCUCUUCCUGGUUAUGAAGACCUUUGGACCUGAAAGACCAAUGUUUGGCCAUUUAUAUAUCUUUUUGCUGUUUUUAUUAUUGAGAUCUGUUUGGUGGGGGUUUGGGGUGCAGAAGUCUUUGAUUAAUGAUGUUUUUGAUGGGAGGAGGCAACCCGAUUAUCUGCAUGAGCAGACUCCAGUGGGACAGAAGUGAUGUCUUUAUGGUGAUAACAAUGGUCAUUAAACCUGAGUGACUUGA